AUGGAGAUCAAAAACAAGUUCGAGUUUAAGAAGCCUCAAUCCUUGAGAGGGCCGGCCCAAUACCUAAACAAGAACAAGUACUAUCAUUACCACAAAGACGUCGGGCAUGACACAAACGACUGCAACCAUUUGAAGAUAUUAUUGGAUAAGUUGGCCGAGAAGGGCAUUCUCAACUCGUACGUUCUAAAGUCCAAGUUCACCUACUCUCGGACGGACAACAAAUCCGAGAAGAAGAAAAACAAAGAGAAAGAAGGUGAUGGAAAUAACACUGAUUCAGGAUUUGUGGCCAUUAUAUCAGGCGGCUUUGCUGCAGGUGGCCCGACCAUGAAUGAAAUUAAGCAAGAUGCUUGUAAUUUUGAAAAUGUAAUUCACACUGAAGGGGUAAAGGUGGAGCCCUUUCCAGAGGUGACGGUCUGCCUCAAAGCCCCUCACAAUGACCCCAUGGUGUUCAUCUUGAAAGUUGCCAAUUUGAAGGCCGGCCGAGUGUUGAUAGACACAGGUAGCUCGUUCGACAUAAUCAACUUAGCUUGUUUGAAAAACUUGAAGUUUCCAAAGGAUGCCCUUAAGGAUAUUUCCCACCUGUUGGUUGGGUUUGGUGGGAGCAUUAUUCACCCGGUUGGACGGAUAGACUUUCCCGUCCGACUUGGUCCAAAGGGAGAGGGAAGGGAUAUGGUCGUCCACUUCCUAGUUGUUAAGGAACUUACAGGCUAUAAUGUCAUCCUUAACCGCCCCACUUUGACAUUAGCUAAGGCAGUAAUCGCCCCACAUUUAAUGCUGAUGAAGUUUGAGCGGUCUGAUGGGAAGAUAGGUUCCAUUCAAGGAAAUCAAAAGAUGGCAAAGGAAUGCAAUCAGUUAGCCGUGAAGCCAACAGCUCGUGUACGAGGAAACGCGUCCGAGCUAAAUUUCAAAGAAGAGUCACUCCAAACAUACCAGGUCGGCCAGAAGCGCAAGUCAAUUAAGAAAGAGAAAGAAUAG